AUGACGGUGACGGUGGCAAUGACGAUGGAGGAAGACGAAGACGCUGAAAUAGAGCACGUUUACGUUGCUCAUGAAAUUGAUCUCGAUUACGAAUUCGACGCAGCUCGUUUCUUCGAUUUCAAUCGACCAGAAACUGCCGUUGAAGCUCAUCAAGCUGAACUUUGGUUUCAGAAUGCCCCAAACUACCCUCCGUCUCCUUUUGUGGCGAAGUUAGCGGUGAGAGAGGAAUUUGACUUAGACGAUGUUAACGACUCAAGGAAAUCUAGGAAUGUUGAUUGUAUGAGUACUGUGGAUGAUAAAGGACUUGGUCCUACUGUUCCUUCUGAGAAUGAAAUUUCCGACAUUGUUAAUGGACAUACCUCUGGCAACAAAGCAACCGGUAACAGUUUGAAUUCUAAUUUUAAACCAGCUGUGCCGAAGGGUUCAACAUUAAUGAAACCUACAGCUACUCAAUUGGCUAGGAAAAAUCGUCCGGCUAAACUUGUUGGUUCAAGAUAUCGGAAGCUACUAACUCAGAAUGAAAUGAAUUUAUCUAGCUCCACUGGAGUAGAAAAUCAAUCUGCCAAACGGCAAAAAUUAGAGGGUGGUCAUUUGUGCAAGGUUACUGAUGUGAAGCAGCAAACUGAUUUUGUGCACAAGACACCUAUGAGGCGUGUCACUGUUGAACAAAACUCUGCUUGUUCCAAGCUGAAACUUACUAUUCCAAGAGAGCCCGACCUUAAAACAGCACACAGAGCACAAAGGAUAAGACCCAAAAUUGAAGAGGCAGAGCACACAACCGUGGCUGCCCCCAGGUUCAAAGCGCGUCCAUUAAAUAGAAGGAUUCUCGAUGCUCCUUCAUUGCCGCUUCCCAAAAGGAGCACUCCUCGCUUGCCAGAAUUUCAAGAGUUUCACUUGAAGACUUUGGAGAGAGCCAUGCAACACACAUCUGCUACCUCAUCUUCACUUCACUGCAAUGAUUCUGAAAAGGGUUGGGACAAACAUACUUCUGUUUCUGCUCUUGAACAUAGAAUCAAGGAUGCCAUAAGGCCUACUGCCAUGGGUGCCCCAAAGCAUGAUGGAUUGGGUUUUACUCAUAUUUUUAAAGCUCAGCCUCUUCAUAAGAAGAUACUAUCUAGUAAAGAGCAUGCUGGUGUUGUACAGACCAACAAGGAGGAAACAACAGUGCCAAUGGAAUUUGAUCUACACACCGAAAAGGGGAUUCAGCAUAACCCUCCUAUUGAACUAUUUAGCAAGUUAUCUCUGACAUCGGAAGGCCAACCUAAUAAUGGACCUCAUUUCCAACUGCCUCAACAAUCCAGGAUGUGCAGAAAGGGCAAGGAUUCAAAAGAAAAUAUAUUAAAUUCUUUUCGUCCGAACCAAGAGGAGAAGGCUUUUACUUUCGGGGCAAAGAAAAUUCAUCAUGGGAAUGGUGGCUGCCAUAGUCUGUUAAGUGCUAGGAGGAGCUUGGGAAUUCGGUGA